AUGGACUUCACUGCAACAGUGAUCUUGGCAGGGCUAAUCUUGGCUCUACUGUGGCUUUUUAGUGUAAAAAACAGUCGAAAGUAUCGUUUGCCUCCAGGACCCACUGCACUUCCUCUCAUAGGAAACCUGCCACAACUGGACAAACAUGCACCUUUUAAAAGCUUUCUCAAGUUCAGUGAGACCUAUGGUCCUGUGCUGACAGUGUACCUGGGCUGGCAGCGGACGGUUGUGCUGGUAGGGUAUGAUGCAGUGAAGGAGGCUCUGGUGGACCAGGCAGAUGACCUCACAGGCAGAGGGCCGCUGCCGUUUCUGCUCAAAGCCACCAAGGGCUAUGGUUUGGGGAUCGGUAACGGGGAGCGUUGGCGCCAGCUGCGACGUUUCACACUGACAACCCUGAGAGAUUUUGGGAUGGGACGCAGAGGCAUGGAGGAGUGGAUCCAGGAGGAGAGCAAACACAUGACGGAUCGUAUAGGAACAUUCAAAGCUACACCAUUUGACCCAGCAUUGUUGUUGAGCCGGACAGUCUCCAAUGUGAUCUGCUGCCUGGUAUUUGGCCAACGCUUCAGUUAUGAAGACAAGCAGUUCCUGCGCCUCCUCAACAUCCUAUCUGAGAUUUUAAAGUUCGGUAGUAGCCCUCUGGGUCAGAUGUACAACAUCUUUCCCUGGAUAAUGGAGCGUCUCCCCGGCCACCAGCACAUUGUGUUUGCCCAGAUUGAGGAGGUGAGGGGGUUUAUCGAGAUGAAGAUCCAAGAGCACAAUGAAACACUGGACCCCAGCUCCCCGCGGGACUUCAUCGACUGCUUCCUCAUCCGAAUGAAUCAGGAAAAGCACGUUGCCACUACUGAGUUCCACUACGACAACUUGGUGUCAACAGUGAUGAAUCUGUUCCUGGCAGGAACAGAAACCACCAGCUCCACCAUCAGAUAUGCCCUCAGUGUGCUGAUCAAAUACCCAGACAUACAGGAGAAAAUGCAGCAGGAGAUUGACAGUGUGAUUGGAAGAGGCCGUUGCCCUAACAUGGAGGACAGGAAGUCCCUUCCCUUCACAGAUGCCGUCAUCCAUGAGGUGCAGCGUUUUCUGGACAUCGUCCCCUUCAGCCUACCUCACUGCGCACUCCAGGACAUCUCUUUCAGGGGUUACACAAUUCCCAAGGAUACAGUGAUCCUUCCCUUGUUGCACUCUGUGCUGAAAGAUGAAAAGCAAUGGGCAACUCCCUGGUCCUUUAACCCCCAGCACUUCCUGGACCAGAAUGGCAACUUUAAGAAAAAUCCUGCAUUCUUGCCGUUUGCUGCAGGAAAGAGAGCCUGCAUCGGCGAGUCUCUGGCUCGUAUGGAGCUUUUUAUCUUCAUAGUGUCGCUGCUGCAGCAUUUCACCGUAUCCUGCACUGAGGGCCCGGACAGUAUAAACCUCAUCCCAGAGUACAGCAGCUUUGCCAAUAUGCCACGCAGGUACCAGAUCAUCGCCACGCCACGGUGAAAAGAGGAGCUCCACUCAGACCGUCUGUCAUUGCUUAAAGCACUCUGAGUCACACACAAGAAUCUCUAUACAACAUACGUGGCUUUUGCUGUGAUGAAUAUUUGCUGUUACCUCUGUGAUAUAGCAGACAGCCCAUCAGACUUAGAAUUUAAAGAACAGCUACUCCCCAAGCACAAUUUUGAAGGGUUUUUAAGAUGGUCUUUUCAUAUGUAUUUUUCUUUUUGUAUAUAUUUCAAUCAGUUAUUGGUGCCUGUAUUAAUUGUAUUAACAUGC